UUUCCUCCGUCCACCGUCAAUCCGACUCAUUUUUCCGUUUCGAUUUCAUGGCUCCUCCAAGCCUUCUCGGUCCUCCGGAGCUCUACACCGCAUUCCAACCAUCUCAACCAACGCAACCAACCCCCACCGGCGACCCCUUCGUCGAUGCUCUUGUUGCCAACUUCAACGAGUUCGAUACAAACGAUGAUGAACUGCCGCCGAUGGGCUUCACGGAGAAUAUGUCGGUGACGUUUCUCUCCUCCGGAAAUCCUUGCCUCGAUUUCUUCUUCCAUGUGGUCCCUGAUACGCCGUCCGAAUCUUUGACUGAGAGAUUGAGUGUGGCUUGGAAUCACAAUCCGUUGAUGACGCUGAAGCUGAUCUGUAAUUUGCGAGGUGUUCGUGGUACCGGAAAGUCCGAUAAAGAGGGAUACUACACGGCUGCGCUCUGGCUUCACAAAUUUCAUCCCAAAACCCUAGCCGGUAACAUUCCUUCUCUUGCUGAUUUUGGUUAUUUCAAGGAUCUGCCGGAGUUACUCUACCGGCUUCUUGAGGGUUCCGAUGUGAGGAAGAAUCAGAAGGCUGAGUGGAUUGGGAGGAGGAAAGGCAGACAUAUGAAGAGAAGGAGAUCGCUGUCGUCUGAAAGAGGGUCGCGAUCUCCCAGCCACGGAGAAUUCAAGCAAGAGAAGCUGAAGACGAGGAAGAAAGAAAUUCAAUUUUCACCGGACGUAGAGGCAAAAAUUGCGAAGGCUAUGGAGAGAUCGAUGAUAUUGAAAGAGAAGGCGAGCACAGAGAGGAAGAUAAAGAAGGUUUCGAUGGCGAAGAAGGCUUUGGAACGUUAUCAAUCCGAUCCAAAUUUCCAACGCUUGUACGAUCGAGUCUCUGACUUCUUCGCCGAUUGCUUGAAAUAUGAUCUUCAAUUUCUGAAUUCCGGAGAAUUAAAUAAAAUCAGUCUCGCUGCGAAAUGGUGCCCUUCCGUCGAUUCAUCCUUCGAUCGCUCGACAUUACUCUGCGAGAGCAUAGCGAGGAAGCUUUUCCCCCGUCAAUCGGAUCCGGAAUAUGAAGGGAUCGAAGAAGCGCAUUAUGCGUACAGAGUUCGCGACAGAUUGAGGAAGCAAGUUUUGGUGCCGCUCCGGAAGGUGUUGGAGCUGCCGGAGAUUUUCAUGGGAGCUAAUCAGUGGAAUGCGAUCCCUUACAACAGGGUAGCCUCUGUUGCAAUGAAAAACUACAAGAAAAAGUUCAUCGAACACGAUGGGGAACGGUUUGCUCAAUACUUAGAAGAUGUCAAGUCCGGUAAGACCAAGAUUGCUGCCGGUGCACUGCUUCCUCACCAGAUCAUAGCUUCUUUGAACGAUGGCGAGGAAGACGGCGGAGAAGUGGCAGAGCUUCAAUGGAAGAGAAUGGUGGAUGAUUUGUUGGAGAAAGGGAAGUUGAGAAACUGCAUAUCUGUUUGUGAUGUGUCUGGUAGUAUGGACGGGACUCCCAUGGAAGUUUGUGUUGCUUUGGGUCUAUUGGUAUCUGAAUUGAGUGAAGAUCCAUGGAAAGGGAAAGUGAUUACAUUCUCUGCGGACCCUCAACUUCAUUUGAUCCAAGGGGACAGUCUGAGAUCGAAGACCGAAUUCAUUAUGAGUAUGGAAUUGGGGUACAAUACCAAUUUUCAGAAGGUGUUUGAUCAAAUUCUGAAAGUGGCUGUGGAUGCAAAGUUGAAGGAAGAACAGAUGAUAAAGAGAGUGUUCGUGUUCAGCGACAUGGAGUUCGAUCAAGCAUCAGCAAACUCGUGGGAAACAGAUUACCAAGUUAUAGUAAGGAAGUUUAGUGAAAAAGGGUAUGGAUCAUCUGUUCCACAGAUUGUGUUUUGGAACUUAAGAGAUUCAAGGGCAACGCCGGUGCCGACAAAUGAGAAGGGGAUGGCUUUGGUCAGUGGAUUCUCAAAGAACUUGAUGAACUUGUUUUUGAAUGGCGACGGCGUCAUUCAGCCGGAUGCCAUCAUGGAGCUGGCUGUCUCCGGCAGUGAGUACCAGAAGCUUGUUGUUCUUGAUUGAUCAAUCAAGGUACACUUUGUUCUUCACAUUUUAGUAUUAAUUUCCCCUUAUGAUGCAUGCUCCAUCCAACUUGCCCAAGUUAAAAGAACAAUGCCAGCCCAUGUCCUACCUCUCAUCUAUACAUGAUGUAUAUAUAUCUAUAGUUACAAGCUCAACUUUGAGUUAAGGAUUUAGGGUUGUGUUUGAUAAGCUUUGAUUUGAUGUCUAAUACUAUCAUCUUUUGAGGCCCUUUGAUGCA